CAUUUCCAUCAAGAGGAAUUACCUGGAACGCGGAGGAGGGAAGGCCAAACAAGCUGCCAAGGCGGCGGCCGCCGCCGCCACGGCGUCUGCCGUAGGGGGCGGUGCGGAAUCCGCCGCGCAACCGGAGCCGGCCUCGCUGGCGGCGGAGACCACCAGCAAGUUGGUGACGAUAGCCGACGAGGAACCGGACUCAAUGGUGAUCGGCUACAAUCAGUGGAUUCGUGGUAUGCGCGACGGCGGUGCGUCAACGGCUGAAGGCAGCGGAAAGUUGCGGAUCUCGGUAGAACCGGCGCCAUCCACGGCUGCCUCCCGACGUCCGCCGACGCCACCCCCGCGCCUCACGAAAGAUUCUGGCUCGGUGGAGAUCUUACGUUUCGAGCGUUCUCCCGUGUACACGCGGAGGCAACCGCGCUGUUUCCGAGGUGACGAUUUGGGACCUAGUGCGAGUGCUAGUGUGGGCAGCAGUCGGCCGGACUCUGCGCUUAGCGUCAGCCUCGGACGGGUAUGGAUGGACGCGCCCCUCGCAAUGGCUCCGCGCAGCCUCGAGUUACCGCGUCCGUCGCCGACAUCGUCGUCUGGUGGCGCCUUGGACGGUGGUGCUGGCAAAAGAGCACAUCAUUCCCUCGACUCGGCGCUAAAGGAUCACCAUCGUUUCCAACCACGCACCAUUUCACCCGCCGUGUCUUCUAGUAAGGAUUCUGGUUUCUCAUUUUCCAAUCCGAGACUCAGUGACGCUCCACUACCUUCUCCGCCACCGUUCAGUCCCCCACCCAGUGGCGGAGGCUUCUUCCGCAAGAAGAAGCCUGCUGUUGCGAAACCGAAACCUAGUGUGAGUCGCGAUGGCUACUUCAAGAGGACCAGUGGUGCUAGCUGUUCUGUGAGACGUAACAGCAGCCGCAAGAGGAAAGGCGGUGGUGGAGGACAGCGCCGUAAGGGACAGCAGUCGAAUACAGCGCGAUCUGACAUGUAUCAGGUAGUUAUUAGCCGACCCCCUCGCUCACUGGCGGCGCUCAAGCUCGAUCCCAUGAUCUUCGUACCGCCAGAGAGACGAAGCGCUCGCCGUAACAACCACAAACCAGUUAAAUACGAAGUGCGGGAAAUUCGCGACUACUGUGCGCCGCAUGACUCCACUCAUUAUCCCCUGACGCUCGGUGGACUGGAUGACGACGACGAUGACGAUGACGGACUGUACGAAAGUAUUCUGGGAGACUAUCAUGAUAAACAGUGUGACAGUGCAGAACGGCAGUACCCUCCACUGCCUCCAACCCGUGCAGCGACAGAUGGAGACUCCAAUGCGCGGUUAGGCGACGAACCAGCACAGAUGCCAUCCCCUGCGCCUGGUCCAGUGAGGAGCAGUAGUUCUGGGGACAAAACUUCGCGUUCCUUGGGAGAAGGGGAUAAAUCGCGGCCAAUUUUACGACAUAGCAAAAGCCAUGAUGUGGGCGAAAUAAGUGCACGACCGAUCAAGAAAGGCGAACGCUCACGCAGUGUUGUUUCUCUUUUGUCUACAGAACAAUUAGAAAGACAACCCGCGAAUUACUUACCGGAACUUCCUGUGGCAGCUACGUGCAUUACCCUAACUGGCGACGCUGCAUCAGAGUCCGAUGGUGAACCACCUAUGCCCCCCGUGCGAGUGACAAGUGUGAAACAGAUUCAGUGUGUUACGGUAGUGGAAAAUAGCGAGUCAGAAGAAACAUCGGAAGAAGAGACGUAUGUCCCAUUGGGCGUGUCUCCCGUGCCCCGGCGACGACCAGUGCGGAGGAAGAAGUCACAGCAGCUGCGUGGCAGGAACGCCAACGUCAAGUACUUGGCGAAGCCGGGCGUGCACCGUGCGGCCUCGACUCUUCGGCGUAGCCGCCGGGGACACGCAACCAAGAAGACGGGUGACAUCACUCAGAAGGGCUAUGAAAAGAAGCGGACGCGACUGCUUGCUCCCUAUGUCCCCAAACAGUCUCAGGCGGCGCCGGGAGGCGGACCGUCUGCGGCCGGCGGGGGCGGGGGCGGCUGUGGCUCGGGGUCCAGCAGCCCCGGCGCCAGGGCGCGCCGCCGAGGCAACCGGCGGCUCACGCGCAACGAGAGCCGCUACCACUCUGAGGUGCGGCAGGAGGCAGUCCAGCAGGCGCUGGCGGCGAUGCAGGGCCGGCCCAAGCCAUCACUGCCAAUGCCAUCCAAGCGAACCUCCGUCAUGGCCAAGAGCCCAGACCGGGACCGCGACCGGCAUGACUCUGCAUCAAGCUCUGAUGAAGACAGUGUGGUAAAUGAGGGUGGUGGCGACGUGCAGAGCACACCAGAGCGAGAGCGCGCAGUCGUGCCACGAUCCCAUCAGCAUGGGCACCAGCACCCGCAGGGGCAGCCACAGCUGCAGUCGGACACCAGCAGCACAGGUUCUGCCCGCGAGACGCCGCCACAGCAGCGGGAACGCUCGCAACAGCCUCGUCACACCCGCCUUCCUAAUGGUGGCCCUGGGCUCACAGUUUGGGAUGAGCGUGAUGUCGCUGACAUCACUGAUGUCAUGCACAACAUGCGGCCCUAUUCCCAGCCACCUGAUGUUACCCACAACACAGCACAGUCUCGUCGUCUAACAGCUGCUGACAGAGUCAAUCGGUAUAACCAGUCGAGGCAGUCUUCGACAUCAGAUGACAAUAUGGGUACUGGGAGAUGGAAAGUGUCUGCAAAGAUCCAGCAACUCCUCAAUACACUCAAGAGGCCAAAGCGUCGACCUCUUCCAGAGUUCUAUGAAGAUGAUGAUAUAGAACUAGAAAUUGCAGCAAAUCCUAAAGAUCCAAAUGCGCCCAAACCAGAAGGCAGUUCGAUGACUUCUGCAAUUGGAGAGCAACUUGUGGUACCAUCUGGAUUACCAAGAAAUCUGGAGGCUGCCAUUCAAAGGUAUGGCUCUGCUUCAUACAAAGCUCCUGUAGCAACAGUUCUAGACCCCAAUGGAAAGCUGACCAUCACUCUGACUUAUGGAAAGCUUCUCAGUAGAUCACAGAAAAUUGCUUACACUUUGCUUAACAAGGCCUUUAGCAAAGGCGGUGAUACUUGUCUGAAGCCUGGUGACAGAAUUGCCCUUGUUUACCCAAAUAAUGAUCCUAUAAAUUUCAUUUGUGCCUUUUAUGGGUGCUUGCAAGCUGGAAUUGUGCCAGUUCCAAUUGAAGUUCCUCUGACAAGACGGGAUGCGGGAUCGCAACAGAUAGGAUUCCUGCUAGGCAGCUGUGGCAUUCAGGUUGCAUUGACAUCCGAAGCAUGCCUAAAAGGUCUACCAAAAACUGCCACUGGUGAAGUAGUGGCAUUUAAAGGUUGGCCCAAACUGCAGUGGUUUGUUACUGAACACUUAGCAAAGACACCAAAAGACUGGCUUCCCCCUCCAAGACUGACAGAUGACACGCCUGCAUAUAUAGAGUACACAACAGACAAAGAUGGUUCAGUCAUGGGUGUCACCGUUACCCGAACAGCUAUGCUGGCUCACUGCCGUACACUCACAAUGGCCUGCAGUUACACUGAAGGUGAAAACAUGGUGUGUGUCCUCGACUUCAAACGAGAAGUUGGACUGUGGCACAGUGUUCUCACAAGUGUUCUCAAUGGCAUGCAUGUGAUUUUUAUACCAUAUGCACUCAUGAAAGUUAACCCAGCAUCAUGGAUGCAGAUGAUCACCAAAUAUAGAGCAAGUGUUGCAGUUGUAAAAUCUCGGGACCUGCACUGGGGCUUGUUAGCGACGAAAGACCAUAAAGAAGUAAGCUUGUCAUCACUCAGGUUGCUGUUAGUAGCAGAUGGGGCAAACCCAUGGUCGCUCUCCUCGUGUGACCAGUUUCUUGGUGUCUUCCAAGCCAAAGGCCUUCGUCCUGAUGCCAUCUGCCCAUGUGCUAGCUCCAGUGAAUGCCUCACAGUGUCUGUGCGAAGACCUGGCAGAGCUGGAGUAAAUGCUACUGGUAGAGGAGUUUUGUCAAUGUCGGGUCUCAGUUAUGGUGUCGUUCGUGUUGAUCAAGAAAAUUCACUGACCUCUUUGACGUUGCAAGACUGUGGUCAGGUCAUGCCUGGCAGUGUGAUUGUGGUUGUGAAAAUGGAUGGACCAUCGUACCUGUGUAAGACUGAUGAAGUAGGUGAGAUUUGUGUGAAUUCAAGUGCAACUGGCAGCCAGUACUGGGGACUGCAAGGUCUGACGAACAGCACGUUCAGAGUGCAGCCUCUCCACAGUGACAGCAAGCCGAUUGGGGAAGCCGAAUAUGUUCGCAGUGGCCUUCUUGGAUUUCUUGGGCCUGGUGGUCUUGUGUUUGUCUGUGGUUCUCGAGAUGGCUUGAUGACAGUGACAGGAAGAAAACAUAAUGCAGAUGAUAUUAUUGCAACAGUGCUGGCUGUAGAACCAAUGAAAUUUAUUUACCGUGGUCGUAUCGCUGUCUUCAGUAUCAGAGUGUUACGUGAUGAACGAAUAUGUGUGAUAGCAGAACAACGACCUGACUGCAGUGAAGAGGAGAGUUUCCAAUGGAUGUCACGGGUUCUCCAGGCAGUUGACUCAAUUCAUCAAGUUGGCAUCUAUUGUCUGGCUCUUGUGCCACCAAACUACUUACCUAAGACACCUCUUGGUGGAAUUCAUCUUUCAGAAACAAAGCGUCGGUUCUUAGAGGGAACUCUUCAUCCAGCUAAUGUGCUACUUUGCCCGCACACUUGUGUCACAAAUCUGCCCAAACCUCGUGAGAUACAUUCAGACGUUGGGCCUGCCUCUGUCAUGGUAGGCAACAUAGUGCAAGGCAAUCGGCUUGCAUCUGCCCAAGGAAGAGACAUGGGAAUUGUGGAUGAGGAAUCUGACUCAGCAAGGAAGUACCAAUUCAUAUCAGAAAUUCUGAAGUGGAGGGCACAGAGCACAGCUGACCAUGUUAUAUUUACAUUGCUCAAUAGUAAAGGAACUGUAGCAGUCACACUUUCCUGCUCACAACUACAUAAGAAAGCUGAAAGGGUUGGCAACCUUUUACUCGAGAAAGGAAAGAUCAAUACAGGCGAUCACGUGGCACUCAUCUUCCCACCUGGAAUUGAUCUCAUUUGUGCAUUCUAUGGUUGCCUUUAUGUUGGUGCUGUGCCAGUAACAAUAAGACCACCACAUCCUCAAAAUUUGCAGACUACACUUCCUACUGUGAGAAUGAUUGUUGAUGUCAGCAAAUCUGUCCUUGUUUUAUCCAAUCAGAAUGUAAUAAAGCUUCUAAAAUCCAAGGAAGCAAGUAAUGUGGUGGAUAUAAAGUCUUGGCCUAUCACACUUGACACGGAUGACAUGCCAAAGAAGAAGCUGCCUACAAUGUAUCGGGCACCAACUGCAGAAAUGCUGGCUUACCUAGAUUUCAGUGUUUCAACAACGGGCAUGCUAGCUGGCAUUAAGAUGUCUCAUGCUGCAGUGACAUCACUUUGUAGAUCAAUGAAGCUAGCCUGUGAACUCUAUCCUUCUCGUCAUAUUGCGUUGUGCCUUGAUCCUUACUGUGGUCUUGGAUUUGCACUGUGGUGCCUAAGCAGUAUUUAUUCCGGGCAUCACUCAAUUCUAAUUCCUCCAUCAGAAGUGGAAGUAAAUCCUGCACUUUGGCUCUCUGCUGUCAGUCAAUACAGAGUGCGUGACACUUUUUGUUCAUAUGGUGUUAUGGAAUUGUGUACCAAGGGCCUGGGUACAUCAGUGAACCAACUAAAGCAGCGUGGUAUCAAUCUUGGAUGUGUGCGGACAUGUGUAGUAGUUGCAGAAGAACGUCCACGUAUUUCACUUACUACCAGUUUUUCUAAACUUUUUUCAGCAUUAGGGCUCAGUCCACGUGCAGUAUCCACUAGUUUUGGAUGUCGUGUGAACGUUGCCAUUUGUUUACAGGGUGCAUCUAGUCCAGAGCCAUCAACAGUUUAUGUUGACCUACGAGCACUAAGAAAUGAUCGGGUCUCUCUAGUAGAGAGAGGGAGUCCUCAUUCCCUGUGCUUGAUGGAAUCGGGUAAACUGUUGCCUGGAGUAAAAGUGAUAAUUGCCAACCCAGAAACAAAGGGUCAAUGUGGUGAUUCCCAUCUUGGAGAGAUUUGGGUGCAGUCCAGCCACAAUGCAAGUGGGUACUUCACAAUUUAUGGAGAUGAGAGCGACUACGCAGACCAUUUCAAUGCUCGUUUGGUGACAGGCACCACAGGGGAGACAUAUGCCCGUACUGGAUAUCUCGGCUUCCUAAGGAGAACAGAGUGCACUGGUCAGCAGCAGACAAGCACAGUGAUCGGAAGCAGUAUCGGAGAACAGACCUCAGCAGUGUUGGGCGCAGGAGGUGAGGGCUGUGACUCCCCUGCUCCUACACAGCCCCUGCUGGAUGCUCCAGAGUUACAUGAUGCUGUGUUUGUGGUUGGUGCACUUGACGAGACUAUUAUGUUAAGAGGAAUGCGGUAUCACCCUAUAGACAUAGAAAAUAGUGUCAUGCGAUGCCAUAAAAAGAUCGCUGAAUGUGCUGUAUUCACAUGGACAAAUUUACUGGUGGUGGUGGUUGAACUGGAUGGGAAUGAAAAUGAAGCUCUCGAUCUUGUUCCUCUCGUUACAAAUACUGUUCUGGAGGAACACCAUCUUGUUGUCGGAGUAGUGGUUGUUGUUGAUCCAGGUGUAGUGCCAAUUAACUCCCGUGGAGAGAAACAGCGUAUGCAUCUUAGAGAUGGCUUCCUUGCUGAUCAACUAGACCCCAUAUAUGUAGCAUACAAUAUGUGAUGAGGUUCAGUGGUCUGUAGACCAUUCCUGUGGAACUGUGAGACUGGCCAUACCUUGAGAAAUUAUUCAGUUGUUGUGUGCAUCACAAUUAGUCUGUGUAUUCAAGAAUACUUGCCAUGACGACAGAUUUGAAGACAUUAGAAGUGUGUGAAAUAUUUUGAUGCCUAGUAUGAAUUUAUAACAGAAACAGUGUGACAUUGUAUGUUGCCACUUUCCGGCAAAGGUGGCAGACAUCGACUGCAUUGUGCCACUAAUAGACAUAUGUUGAUUUCAUGCAUAACUGAACUACCUAGAGAACCACUUUUGUACUUUUAAUAUUAGUGGUGGUUCUUUUAAUGUGUGUGAUUCAAGCAUCUGCUAAAGACUCUCAGUUGAGCAGCCUGUACGGUGCACUAAUUUUGUGAUUUUUUGUGACAGUUGUGAGUUUAUGGACAAGCUCAGAAUCAACACUAUCUACAGUGGGUUUAAAAUGUCUUAAAAUUUGUUUUCUGUCAACGAUAUUUCUGUUGAAUGGUGAACUGACUGUACUGUAUAUUUAAUAUAAAAAGCUACAAAUGACUGUUACUUCAUCUUUUUCCAUCCAUAAGUGCAAUGAUUACUGCACACACUGAAGUCUGUGAUCUGAGAUUCUUUCCCAUGUCCCUUUAACAGUGAGGAUUAGUCAGUGAAAUUGCAAGGAUGUGAAAGAACCUGCCCAAAAUUCAUGAAGAAAAGAGAAUACCGCAAACCUGGAGCCACAACUGUGAAAGUGUUUAGAAUAGAGGGACCAUUGGACAUAGCUUGUACUUUUACCACUGUGAUGUAACCAGAUUUGCUUACAGGCAUUGUAAGCCUUGGGCAUUUGACUUCGCUCAAAGAAAAUACCAUUAUCAAAGGCAUCUGCACCUAUGAUUUUGACUAGUGUUAAACUUUUAGAUUUUAAUGUGAGACAGUACAUAACUGAUGAUGUGGUGAAGAAAAAUAAACUUCGAGCAGGAUUUCUAGUA